CUGCGCUUCAUUACAAUGUCGCUGUAGGGACCGACUGUGGCUUGUUCAGGAACAUUUUUUUUUAUUUGAUCGGUGUUUGCUGUCUACACUGCGGACGAUUCGGUCUGUAUGAGGGGUGGAUCGGUGGAGGGGAAAUAGCACUAAUAACAGCCUGAUAUGGAGAAGAAUUUGCAUUUGAAUCGGUUGCCAUCCAGACCUCCACUUCCUGCAAGAGGAAUUCAGUCUGGCUCUAAAAUGAGAAUGGGGCCUGGAAGAAAAAGAGACUUCUCCCCUGUUCCUUGGAGCCAGUACUUUGAGAACAUGGAAGAUGUUGAAGUAGAAAAUGAAACCAGCACGGAUACUUUCAGAAUCUACAGCAGUGGCUCAGAAGGGCCUGUUCUGCUUCUGUUACACGGAGGAGGCCAUUCAGCUCUUUCCUGGGCAGUUUUCAGUGCUGUUAUAUUUAACUGGAUCAAAUGCCGGGUAGUAGCUGUUGACCUGAGAGCACAUGGUGACACAACAGUGAACAGUUCUGAUGAUCUUUCAGCAGACACUAUGUCCAAGGACAUCGGAAAGGUGAUUGAAGUGUUGUACGGUGAAAACCCUCCACCAAUCAUGUUGAUCGGUCACAGUAUGGGCGGUGCUAUUGCAGUCCACACAGCGGCAGCCAAUCUGGUGCCAUCGCUGCUGGGCAUCUGCGUCAUCGACGUGGUGGAAGGCACAGCGAUGGAUGCUUUGAACAGCAUGCAGAAUUUCUUGCGCAGUCGACCAAAAACCUUUAAAUCUCUUGAGAAUGCCAUUGAGUGGAGUGUAAAAAGUGGACAAAUCCGAAACCUUGAGUCUGCAAGAGUGUCAAUGGGCGGGCAAGUGAAAAAAUGUGAGGAUCCUGUCGGCAGCCCUGGCAUCUCUAAAACGAUCAUCGAAGGGAUCAUCGAGGAAGAGGAGGAGGAGGAGGAAGAGGCAGAGAGAGAAGGAGGAGGAGAACGCGGGAAUGAAGGAGAGUCAAACAACAAAAGGAAGAAAGAAGACGACCUGGAGGUGAAGGAGUGCCCUUACACCUGGAGGAUUGAGCUGGCUAAAACUGAGAAGUAUUGGGACGGCUGGUUUCGAGGGCUGUCCAGCCUCUUUCUCAGCUGUUCUGUACCCAAACUACUGCUUCUGGCAGGUGUUGACAGGCUGGAUAAAGAUCUCACAAUCGGACAGAUGCAAGGAAAAUUUCAAAUGCAGGUUCUGCCUCAGUGCGGCCAUGCGGUACACGAAGACGCGCCAGAGAAAGUAGCUGAAGCUCUUGCAACUUUUAUGGUCCGUCACAAGUUCACAGAAACCAAGGGGGGAUUCCAAUGCAUGUUUCCUGCUUGCUAAUGGGCCUUCAGCACUGAAUUUCUCUGUAAAUAACUUGAACCAGAGGCUACUGUGAUGUAUCUCCAUCUGCCAGUUUAUUCAACAAUAAAAUACAGCAACUAAACCUCUAAUGGAAACCAUUAAUGCUCUGAUUUUGAUGGGCAAACAAAAAACACUGCUGAUAUUUAUUGUGGGCUCAAAUAAUAUGCUUUGAACUUAUGGGUUUUGUAUUCUCAUUAUUGGAAUUAUUAUUAUUUGUAUUCCUAUCUGUUCCUGUUGCCUUAUUUAAGGUUAAGCGUUUUUUAGACCCAUUGUGUUCCUCGUGGCUGGUUUUUAAAAAUAAAAAUGCAAAACUCCUGAAA